AUUCAUACAAGCGGGUCAUGCACAUCAAAACAAAACCACUCAGCUGAGGAAAUCUGUCUGACCUCAGGAUGAGAGGCCUGAAGGAGGGGAAGUCCCUAAGCCACACAAUGGCCUUGACAUUCAGCCCAGUGAAAAGCAGCCUCAGCAGCACAAGACAUAGGACCCAGUAGUAGUCGGUUUAUAGUUGUGGCAAUCCAGCGAACCAACAUUUUGUGCAGCUGAAGGCAAUUCAAACAAGAGAUUUUUGUGAAACUCCGAAGGCAGAGCACCAUUGCUGACUGAGAAGACGGUCUGAGACGAAGAAAAGGGGUGAGACAAAACUGGCAGAUUGAAAGGGGGCCAUGGCAUUCCGAGGUCUCUUCCUGUAUAGCUUGAGUCUGCCCUUCCUGAUCCAGCCAGCUGGAAGUGGAGCCUGUCGUACUGGAUCGGGCUCAGAGUGCGAGAAAGCUCCCUUUGUGCCCGGCUACAACCUGGCAGGGGAGGGCUUUGACGUAGUCAGCACGCGCCGUAAAGGGGCCUACGUCAUCAACGUCAAAGCCCACCUGAGCAUCAACCACACCUGUGUUCUCUGUGAGAACCGCUUCCAGGGGGGGCAGGUGCAGAAGCUGCCCUCUGCCGUGUUGGACUGGCGUCCAAUGAGCCGGUGCAGCAAGCAGCUGUCCAGUGCCCUGCACCACUCUGUGGAUUCCCUGCUGCGCAGCUCCAGCUCCCUCAUCAACAAUAACUGGGGCAUGGGUCUGAGGCUGGAGACUUACGGCAAGGCAGUGCUGGGGGGAAGCCGCUCCGAAAUGGCCCGGUUUGCCAGAUCCCAGCACAGGGUGGACAAGGCCACCUUUGCCACCCAUGAGAUCAGCUGUACGUACUACAGUUACAGGCUGGCCGACCAUCCUGAGCUCAGCAGUGAAUUUGCCAAACAUCUCAGGAGACUGCCACGGGAGCUUGACCACAAGGGCAAACUGCUGUACCGAAGGAUUAUCGACACCUAUGGCACUCAUUACAUCCGGCAGGUCCAGCUGGGUGGUAGGGUGAGGCGCGUCACCGCCUUCCGCACAUGCCUGGCCACCCUAAAAGGCUUUUCAGAGUCCGAGAUAAAGACGUGCUUAAAUGUAGAGCUGAAAAUGUCCUUAGGCUUCCUCCCAGCAAAUGCGUCCGUGUCCAUCAAAUGUGACCAACUCCUCAAGAGAAACAUGAGCUUGGGUUUCUACGAGGGCUUCAUGACCCACAAUAUUGAGGUCCUCGGAGGGGAAAAGUAUUUCCCAGAUAUCUUGUACCAUCAGGACCCAUCCGAGGCAUACCAUAGCUGGAUGAACAGCUUGCAUGACAAUCCAGAGGUUGUCUCCUAUGCCAUCUUCCCCCUGCACCACCUGGUUGAGGAUCCAGAAGUUAGUGCCAACCUCAGGAGCACAGUGACUGAGUACAUUCAGGAGAACCAGCUUCCUCUAGACCAGGCAGAAACUAAAACCUGCUCCCCAACCCCUAACCUGGACCACAAUUGCUGUCCUCUGCGAGCAGGUCGCGGGACUCUCAGAGUGAUGGUCCACAGAGCCUCAGGUUUGAGGGCAGACACUUUCACAAAGACUGACGGCUAUGUUAAAAUGUGGUACAACGAGAAGUACGAGGAAACCGACACCAUCAUGGAUGAUAAUGAUCCUGUGUGGAACGCCACAUACAAUUUUGGCUCGGUGGAAUUUGGUCACCAGCUGCUGUUGGAGGUUUGGGACAGAGAUGUGCUUUACAAUGACAUGGCAGGAAAAUGUCAGGUCUUCCCUGAACGAGGGACACAUUCACACAGCUGUCAGCUAAACAAAGGGGUUCUCCACUUCACUUACAGCUCUGAAUGUGAUGCCCACUUAACGGGCUAUAGGUGUGGACGGUACUCUCCUACUGCAUAGGGUUUUGGAUUAAGAAUACACCUGAUUUGUAUUUAUUAUUGCACACAGGUAAUUAAAAAAAUAUAGCAUUUAUAAUUUGACCAGUUAUAGUGUAGUGGGAUCCUCUUUUUUGGCCCAUUUGAUGGUUAGAACGACAGGUUUUGGGGCAUCCAGUCCAGGUUUGACACAAUGGGGGCUUUAUUUACAUUUGUAUUAAUUUCAGAUAGGAAUUGUGGGAUUGUUGUGGUAUUUCUUCUGAAGAUAAUGUGCUAAUAUCUAUAUGGGUUUACCUACUAAAGUCCAUGUUGGCAGCAUCCACAAUUUAUAUAGAUAUUGUGUUAAAUGGGAAUUCUGAGAGGUGUGUUUAACACAACCUAUUCAGGGAUGUAACCCAGUGUUAGGUGCCUUGUACAUUUGCAAACAUUUGUAGCUAGUCACAUGCUGGAUAGCUAACUUCUGUAGUUCUUCUGGCCUUGAAUUAAACAUCUAUUAAUACAGACAGGCUUUUUGAAAAAGCAAACAAUGACUAUAUAACCUUAUUGAUCUGGAGUAUGGACAACUCCACUAACAGUGACAGACUUGUAAUGCUGGCUAUCAUUCUACGGCUUGCUAAUAGCAUGUUUUUAAACAGUUUGGUACUGUUAACAUCAAGUUAUAAUCUAAGAAUAUUUUUUGAUGUGCUUGAUGUGUAAUAUGCUGUUUAUAGUUGCAUAAUCUAGUAGUUUUUGUUGACAUGGGGUACAUUUUAGCACAUUCAUGACAUUCAUGACAGUUUUUAAGCUGUAUGGUACCAGCUCAACUCUACCCGCCUCGCCUCGAUUAUACUCGCUUUGGGAGCUUUUCCACCGCUAUAUACCAGAUCAACUCUGCUCUACUCGCCCCACACUUUUCUGAUUUUCCAAUGGGCAAAAUUUAGGAUACUACCUGGUACCAGAUACUUUUAAUUGGACAAGAGUGACUCGUCACUCACUGCGACGUGGAACAGCUUGCAUAGAUCGGCGUAAACCCAGCGUGCAGGAGAGCAAAACAAGCGGUUAGAUCAGAACCCCCGCAAGUUGUUUGUAGCCUAUUCACUUGGACUAAAGGACCUCAUCUUUUUCCUCUUCUGGGUUUUUCUAUAGGCUAACUGGCACAGAUUGCACAGGUCAUCCACUCUCAAAUAUCAACCAUCCAUCACACAACCUUGGGGGUGAUCUUAUUCUAAAAGGGAGACCUAAAAGAAUGUUCCAUGAUUUCAAUGGUGUGAUUUGGAUGUUCCAACAAAUAUAGAUCUACAUAUUCAGGGUUUGCCCUAACUUUAGUCAUGCCUUCUAAGCUGUUAGACACUAACUCAGCACCAAGAUUAUGAUCAAGUUAUUUUAUAUAUCAAGUCAAACAGAAGCAUACUACUAAGCUUUCUAAGCAUUAUUACAGUCUGCAAUAUAAGACAAAAGUUACAAAAUGUCACGCGUGCUUGUUAUCCAGAUUUGGUUUGCUUUUUAUUUGCCACUUUACGUUCAAAGCUUGUCAAUUUUAAAGAAAAUGUAUGGAGUUUAUUCAACAGAUUUUUCCGUUCACUGCAGGGUUUACGGUGGUUGGCAAAUGUCUGCUUUUUUGCCGGUAUUGUAUGAUGUCCUCCAUUGUUGUUCCCUUGUCUGUCGUGCUGAAGGUGGCGUCACGGCAGUUUUCCUUUGAUGUCACUAUGCGGGUACAGGGUACCAUCUGCAGUGGGAAAUGACCCGAGGCGUGUAGAGCAGAGUGGGUACAUAGCAGUGGAAAAGCUCCCCUGGUAGAAACAAGGCGAGCUGAGCAAGUACCAUGCAGUGGAAAAGAGCCAUAAAGUACAACAUUUUCUGGGACCUGCUUUGGCUCAACAGUGCUGCUUUAAACAGGGGGCGCUGUGGAGCGAAAAAGGGCUCGUCAUCAAAACUACAUGCUUUCUACUUGCAAUUUCAUAGCUAACUGAGGUAUUAUAGUUAUUGUUCUUAUAUAU